AUGCCAUAUCUGAGAGAGAAGAUCUCAAGUCUAAAAGAUUAUAACCACAAAGAGAAAAUUUGCAUUGGAUUCUUUGGGAAGACGGGAGCAGGAAAGAGCUCAUUGAUCAACGCAAUUGUCGAAGAAAGCCAACUUCUACCUUCAGACAGCAUGUGUGCCUGCACUUCCGUUUUUGUGCAUGUACAAGCUAAUACUGAAUCCAGCAAAUACAAAGCUGAUAUUGAAUUCAUCAGUGCAGAGGACUGGAAAUCAGAACUACAUUUCCUGCAAGACUCACUCAAAAAUGAAAAUGACCAACAAAACAAAAUGGCAGCAAAAGAUGAUGAAAUUGCAAAAAUGGCAAGAGAAAAGAUUACAGCCAUUUAUGGAGAAGAGGGCCUGGAGAAAGAUUACAGUGAAUUGGCCAGACAGGUUCCUGUGAUUCCAGGCACAGGCACGAAGACUCUGACUUUUGACACUGCCAAAGAACUGUCUAAAGGCAUUGGAUGCUACAUUCGGAGUGAAAAAAAAUCAGAGCAGCAGUUCUGGCCUCUGGUGAAGCGAGUCACCAUCUUCCUGCCGAAGUCUCCAGCUCUGCUGGAGGGGAUUGUGCUGGUGGACCUGCCUGGAGCUGGAGACGUCAGUAAAUGCAGAAGCGACAUGUGGAAAGAGUGUCUCAGCCAGUGCUCCUCUGUCUGGAUUGUGAGUGAGAUGAACCGUGCCCUGUCUGAGAAAGAAGCCGAUGAGAUCUUUGAUACAUCAUUGAGAACCAUUGCCGGAGGAGGAGAGUGUCACAAUAUCACCUUCAUCUGCACCAAAACAGAUAUCAUCAACCCACGGGAGAUCAAAGCACAUGAUGAUAUCACAGAUGAGUACCUUGAAAUAGAAAGUAACAAGGAUACCCCGGAAUAUGGGAAGAAAGAAAAACAGGCGUGUGUACUGUACCGUAAUGAGAAAUUUAAAAAAGAAAUCAAAACACUCUUCAAAGAUAAAAUGAAGACAUUUCUGCUUGGUGAUGACGACCAUUCAGAUGAGUUCUUCAAUGUGUACACUGUGAGUUCUGAAGAAUUCAACAAUACUGAACAUUUUCUGGAUCGCAAUGAAACUGAAUUGCCAGCACUGAUGGAGCACAUUAAGAAACUGUACGUCUCCCAUUUCAAGAAGAAAGUGAAAGAUUAUGUAUCCGAGGUUUCUGGAGUCAUUUCAUAUCUUCACUUUUCAAAGGAUGCUCUCAGUUCAAAGAACCAGUCCUCAUAUGACCAGGAGUUCAGCCGACUUGAAAAGGAUCUGGUUAAUAUGUGCAGAACAUUGAAUUCAACUCUGAGCAAAGUUCACACAAAACUCCUGGAAAAACUGGAAAUGGGAGCAAAGAGAGCAGAGAGAACAUGCCUGGAAAAGGCCACAGCCAGUGUGCUGGAAUCAGAAUCGUGUGAUAACAGAGGCCACCACAAGACACUCAAAGCCUUGUGUAGAAAUGAUGGAUAUUACCAAUCUCGCUCAAGAGGGUUAUUUGAUCUGAACUACACUCUGUCAGAACCCAUGUACGAAAAGAUAAAUGAAAACAGCCUCUUCCUGACAACAUUUGGCACUGGAUCUACAAGAGCCUCAAUCAAAGGGACAUUUGAAAGUUUCCAAGUGGACUUCAUCAAACAUGAGCAUCUGAACCAACACAAGACAAAGAAUAAAGAGACAUACCUGCGUCUGGUGUACAUUAGAACAGAGCAAAGAAAAGUGCACAGGAAACUGGAGAAGGAAAUCCUAAAGAGAAAGAAGCUGAUCUACAAUUCCCUCAGUGAUUCAAUCUGUGACACCAUGAAGCAAACAUACCAAGAAUGCUCUGACAUCAACGGAAAAGAAUCU